UACUAACUCACAAUAUAUACACGAUUCAGUAUGAUCCGAUCCAAAUAUCGCGGUUAAAUAUCAAAUAGUUGUCCACCCUUCUCAAAAGAAACUCGCGCCCUAUAUUUAUACCACUCCCCGCUCUGCUAAUAACUGAUCACCGCGCAAACCAAAAUGGCAGACCACUCCACGGCCGCCGCCGCCGGCUGCCGGAGGCAGCACGUGGCCAUCGAAAUCGAGCCGGCCGCCACCGACAGCAACCUCGUCACUUCCAUCCUUCAACAGAUGGAAACCGUCUCCUCCCUCCACUCCAUCUGCCGGGCAAGCCCCACGCGCCGCGAGUCGAGCAAAAAAUCCUACACCCCGCAGAAAGUCGCCAUCGGCCCUUACCACCGCGACGGCGCGACGGCCGCCGAACCCCUCAGACCAAUGGAGGAUCACAAGUGGCGGUACGUCCACGCGCUGCUCGGCCGGCGGACCGACCUAGAGGCCAGCCUGAACGACUGCGUUUCGGCGCUCAGGGAACUGGAGCAGAGGUCGCGCGCCUGUUACGCCGGCGACGACGUGGAUCUCCCCGCCGGCGACGAGUUCGUGAAGGUCAUGUUUUUGGACGGAUGCUUCAUCAUCGAAUUGUUCUUGAAGUACUCGACCAAGGUGCUGCGACGUCGUAACGAUCCGAUUUUUGCGGUCCCCGGGAUGCUGUACGACCUGCGGUGCGAUUUGGCUCUGCUGGAGAAUCAAAUCCCGCUGUUCGUCCUUCAGCGGCUGUUUCAGGUCGUGCCGAUUCCUAAACAGUGCGCCAAUCUUUCUCUCGCCGAGCUCGCUUUCCGUUUCUUCAAGAACAUGAUUCCAGGAGACAUAUUGAUUCACAGGGAGAAGUUCACCCAAGAAGGAAAUCAUUUGCUCGACUUAAUCUGUCACUGUCUGCUCCCAACUCUUCCAAGGCUCCCAUCCUCCAAAUCCCAAAAGCACCUACGUUCAGUGACGGAUUUGCAUAGUUCAGGAAUCAAGAUCAAGAGGGCCAAAACAGAGAACUUGCUCGACGUCAAGUUCGUUAAUGGCAUUCUGAAACUCCCACAAAUUGAAGUCCAUCAACACACGGAGUUGCUGUUCAGGAACCUCAUCGCGCUCGAGCAGUGCUCGAACGUCCAUGGCACCGUGCACCACGUUACAUCGUACGUGGUGCUCGUUGCGAGCUUGAUCGAGAGCGAGAGAGACGUCAAGUUUCUGAGGCAGAGGGGAAUUCUGACGAGUUAUGACGACGAUGACAAUGGUGGCGAGAAGGAAGCCGGGAUCAGGAAGCUGUUUGGGAAGUUGUGUGAAGAAGUGGAGCUGAACGAAUCGUACUACGAUGGCUUGUGCGAGAGGGUGAAUGGGCACAGAGGCAAGAAUUUGCGAGCUUUGAAGAAGAAGUUGAAGCGGCGGCGUAACAAUGGUAGUCGUCCCACGUUGCGGUUGGUGAUGCUUUUUACCGUAUUGGUGCUUUUGAUUGCUAUUGUUGGAACUUUGUUUUCGGUGCUCACUUUUGUUCAUCACCACAUUUGAGAAGAUAGCUCAAUCUUGGCACAAAGUUUUUCAUUCGAUCUGUUUAUUUUUUUUUUAUUUCUGAGUGAUAUCAAUGAGAAAUCAUAGUUAAAUUUACAAUUUUACCCAGGACCCCUAAGAGACUCUAAAGAAGCCACUCCAAGAAAUCAAAAGAUUCUAGCUCUACAAGAGACAAAAGCAGUGUUUUACGCGCCACUCUAUGGGCUGUUUACUUUAUAAAGCACAAAUGAAACG